AUGGCUACUUCAGUCCAAGAAGCACAGUGGAGCAGAUGUCUCGCAUCUUGCGAGCUGUGUAACCUCAACCCCGAAGCCUUCAACGCAUACCUUACCGACUUCAACAGUCGUACACUCGAGUGUGGAAAGACUUUCGAGUAUCCGCUGUCUGUCGUCGAAGAAAGCAAGGACCUCGUGACCACACUCAAGGAGUGUGUUGAGGAUAGGUUCCCAACCGACAUAUCUGAUUUGGCCGAAUGUUGCAGGUCAGAUUCAUGUGUGAACGAGUGGACCGUCAAAACUGCUAGCGUGACCCAGAGCGAGGCCAUCUCGAUCGACGAGAAUCAAGACGAUGUCUGGUCUGUUGUCAGUGAUGUGUGUGACAGUUCGCCUCUUCAGAGCGUCUCCCAAGAAGAGGUCGACGAAGAGCGCAAGGCCGACGAAGACACAACAAGCGACGGUGACAGAAACAAAACCCAUGGCGAGGAUGAGGAACAGCGCCUUGAUGACAACACCGAUACAGGGAAGGGCCUUGACAACGACACUGAUGAGCAGGACCAACAGAUCAACCUCGACGAUAACGAGGAUGAACACUUUGACGACUGCACUGAAGAAGGCAUCCGCCUCGCAGAAGUCCAAAAGCAACUUGAAGAUUGCAAACAAGAAACUCUGGAAUACUGUCACCGUCUUGAGAUGAUGUACCGCAAGCAGUUGGAGGAGACCGAACGUCAACACCAGGCCGAAUCCGCCACAGAGCGCGAACGCACCGCGAGCGCCAGUGCCACAGCAGCAGUGACUCGGCACCAGUGCGAUCGCAUGAGCUCCCGUAUCUGUGAACUCGAGGAGAAGAUCAAGAUCUGCGCACAAGAGGCUCGCAAACUCGAGUGCGAGCUUGAGAGCAAACGCUGCAAGGAGGUGGACACUUUGAAACUCGAGCACUAUAACAGAUACGAAAGGUUGAAGCUCAAGUUCAAGCAGGAAUACCAUGUGGUUCGUAAAGCCUUGGAAGAGAGCGAAGAAAAUCGCCACCAGGACGCCGUCAGACAUGCCAACCUCUUUGUUGAAGCCGCAGAUACUCUUUCUGAGCAGAUCAAGAAAGCCGAAGACAUGAAGGUCGCAUGCGAGAAGACACUCGAGACGACCAACAAAGUGCACGACAUUGAGGCGGCCAAGCUACAUGUAAACCUCCGUUGGCUCGAAGACAAGCUGAAGAGAGCACUGGCGAAGGAAGCAGAGGAUCAUGGUGCGCACCUCCAUACUCGCAACCAGCUUGCAAAAGCCGAAGUCGAAGUCGAAGAGCUGGAACAGAAAGAGCAAGAGAUGGCUAGUGCCAAGGAGGAGCUUCAGCGUCAACACGAGCAACAACUCGCCGAAGUCAGAGAUUCGUACGAGCAGAAGCUCGAGCUUGCCAAGCAGGAGCACGAGGCAGACAAUGCGCUCAAUGAGGAACAGGUUUGCGAUCUCGAGGCUGAGAUGGACGCCAUGUGUCAGGAAAAGGACGAGCUAUACCACGAGAGGGACCAGAUGUGCGAAAAGAUGGCGGAUGCAUACCAAGACCUCGAGAUCAGCCACGCUCAUGAGAUGAGGGAAGCAAACGAGGAGAUAGAGCGCCUGGAGCAGAGCCUCCGCACCAUGUCUGAGGAGCUUGAAGAGGUCAAGGAAGAAAAACUGCAGCUUGGCAGAGACAUGGAUGAGGCCGAAGCGACCAUGGAAGAAUUGUGUCAAGAAGCGCAAGACAGCGAAGCUGGACACAAGCAGGACAUGAGUGAAGCAGCCAGUCGGCGACGAGAGCUGGAGAGGGAGGUGAAGGAUCUGAGACGCGCAUUGGAUGGGGCCAAACAAGAAGACAACGAUUUUCGUGAGCAGCUCCAGAAAGCCAACAAGGGAAUGGAGGAGCUGGUGAAGAGAGAGCAAGCAUUGGUGUCGCAAUGCGCAGCAGACCGCCUGAUGUUUGAGAGGAGUGCAUUCGCGCUGCGCUCUCUGCUGCAGAAGAACUAG